AUGGGGGCCAAAGAGUCAAGUUUAGGUUUUUUAUCGUAUGAUGAGGCCGUCAAGAGAGUGACCGACGUGGAGCUGAAGAGGCUGAAGGACGCCUUCAGGAGGACCAGCGGCCUGUCCUGCUACAUGAGCCAGCAGUGCUUCUUCAGGGAGGUGCUGGGGGACGCCGUGCCGGCCAAAGUGGCAGAGGUGAUCUACACCUCAUUUGGAGGCACAUCAAAGGGGCUGCACUUUAACAACCUCAUUGUGGGCCUGGUACUGCUCACGAGAGGACGAGAUGAAGAGAAAGCCAAAUACAUCUUCAGCCUGUUCGCCAGCGAGUCGGGCAGCUAUGCGGUGCGGGAGGACAUGGAGAGCACCCUGCGGACCAUGGACGGGGAAGUCCCGCCCUCUCUCCGGAAGUGCUUCACUGAGGGAGAGAAAGUCAACUACGAGAAGUUCAAGCUCUGGCUCCUGCAGAACAAGGAGGCCUUCACCUUCUCCCGCUGGCUCCUCUCCAGCGCCGUGUGCGUGACCCUCACCGACGACAGCGACACGCCCACCUUCUACCAGACGCUGGCCGGCGUCACUCACCUGGAAGAAUCGGACAUCAUUGAUCUGGAGAAGCGCUACUGGCUCCUGAAAGCUCAGUCGAGGACCGGCCGUUUUGACUUGGAGACGUUCGUCCCCCUGGUCUCCCCCCCUAUUCAUGCGUCGCUCAGCGAAGGUUUGUUCCACGCCUUCGAUGAGAACCGGGACAAUCACAUCGACUUCAAGGAGAUCUCGUGCGGGCUGUCCGCGUGCUGCCGGGGGCCUCUGGCUGAGAGGCAGAAGUUUUGCUUCAAGGUGUUUGACGUGGACCGCGACGGGGUCCUGUCCCGGGCCGAGAUCCGCGAGAUGGUGGUGGCGCUGCGCGAGGUCUGGAAGGACAACCGCACCGAUAAUCUCCCCGAGUUGCAUGCUAAUGUAUCUGACAUCGUAGAAGACAUCCUGAAGGAACAUGACACUACUAAGCUGGGCCAUUUGACUCUGGAGGACUACCAGAUCUGGAGUGUGAAGAGUGCUCUGGCCAAUGAGUUCCUCAACCUGCUGUUCCAGGUGUGCCACAUCGUCCUGGGGCUCCGCCCCGCCACGCCCGAGGAGGAGGGGCAGAUCAUCAGGGGCUGGCUGGAGAGGGAGGCGCGGUACGGGCUCCAGCCGGGGCACCACUGGUUCCUCAUCUCCAUGCAGUGGUGGCAGCAGUGGAUGGACUACGUGAAAUACGACAACCGGCUGAUCGUGGUGGAGCAGCCCUCGGUGGUGGGCGCGGGGAAGGGCUCGCUGUCGGGGCCCUCCGGGGAGCAGGCCUCGGACGCGGGCGGCAUGGCCGGCUCCCACAGCUCCUCCGAGGAGAAGUUCUCCGACAACGUCUCCAGCGCGUCGGAGGCGUCCGAGACCGCCGGAGGAAGUCUCAUCCCCUCCAGCUCAGGCACAGACAUCUGCUUCGCUCGGCAGCACGCCGCCUCAGACAACAACAACCAGUGCUUCCUGGGGGCCAACGGCAACCUGCCCGCCCACCUGGCGGCCCAGAGGCCGGGCGCCAUCGACAACCAGCCCCUGGUCGCCCCAGAGCCCCUGAAGGCCCCCACGCUGACCCUGGAGGGCGGGCGUCUGAAGCGGUCCCUGACGGCGGGCCGGGACUUUGAGACGGUCCCCGAGCCGGUGUGGAGGGCGCUGUACCACUGGUACGGUGCCAACCUGAGCCUGCCCCGCCCGGUGAUCCGGGACCAGAAGUCGGACGUGGCUGAGCUGGAGCUCUUCCCCCGGCACCUGCUCUUCCUGCGGCAGCAGCCCGCCUCCCGCACCCCCCAGUCUAACAUCUGGGUCAACAUGGGUAACGUGCCGUCCCCCAGCGCCCCUCUAAAGCGGGUGCUGGCCUACACGGGCUGCUUCAGCAGGAUGGACACCAUCAAGGACAUCCACGACUACCUGUCCCAGCGGCUGCGCAUCAAGGACGAGGACAUGCGCCUGUGGCUCUACAACAGUGAGAAUUACCUCACACUGCUGGAUGAUGAAGAUCACAGAUUGGAAGAUUUGAAGAUACCAGAUGAACAGCACAUGGUCAUCGAAGUCCGAAACAAGGACAUGAGCUGGCCUGAGGAAAUGUCCUUCAUCGCCAACAGCAGCAAGAUGGACCGACACAAAGUUCCGACUGAAAAGGGGGCCACAGGUCUGAGUAAUCUGGGGAACACCUGCUUCAUGAACUCCAGCAUCCAGUGCGUGAGCAACACCAAGCCUCUGACGGAGUACUUCACCUCAGGGAGGCACCUGUACGAGCUCAACAGAAUCAACCCCAUGGGGAUGCGCGGUCACAUGGCCAAGUGCUACGGGGACCUGGUCCAGGAGCUGUGGAGCGGGACGCAGAAGAACGUGGCGCCUCUGAAGCUCAGGUGGACGAUAGCCAAGUACGCCCCGAGGUUCAACGGCUUCCAGCAGCAGGACUCCCAGGAGCUGCUGGCGUUCUUGCUGGACGGCCUCCACGAGGACCUGAACCGCGUCCACGAGAAGCCCUACGUGGAGCUGAAGGACAGCGACGGGCGGCCGGACAGGGAGGUGGCCUCAGAGGCCUGGGACAACCACCUGAGGAGGAACCGCUCCAUCGUGGUGGACCUGUUCCACGGUCAGCUCCGGUCCCAGGUCAAGUGCAAGACCUGCGGUCACGUCAGCGCGCGCUUCGACCCCUUCAACUUCCUGUCCCUGCCCCUGCCCAUGGACAGCUCCAUGCACUUAGAGAUCAUCGUGAUCAAGCUGGACGGCUCCACGCCGGUGCGGUACGGCCUCCGGCUCAACAUGGACGAGAAGUACACGGCGCUGAAGAGGCAGCUGAGCGAGCUCUGCGGCCUGAAGCCCGAGCAGAUCCUCCUGGCCGAGGUGCACGCCUCCAACAUCAAGAACUUUCCGCUGGACAACCAGAAGGUGCGGCGGGCGGCGAGCGGGUUCCUGUGCGCGUUCGAGGUCCCCGUCCCGGGCACGCCUACGUCCGUCGUCUCCCCCGUGCGCGCCGACGUUGCACCCCUGCUGAACGGGACGGCGGUCCCGGCCGCCAGCGGCGGCUCGGCGAAGCCCAGCGUGCUGCCCAACGGCAUGCCCAGCACCGUGGUGCCCUGCGGGACGGAGAGGGGCCUGGCCAACGGCAUCCCCAACGGCCACGUGGUGCCCGUGCAGGACAGCCCCUUCACCGGGUACAUCAUCGCCAUCCACCGCAAGAUGAUGCGCGCGGAGCUCUACUUCCUGUCGUCGCAGAAGAACCGGCCCAGCCUGUUCGGCAUGCCGCUCAUCGUGCCCUGCACGGUGCGCACCCGGGCCCGGGACCUGUACGACGCCGUGUGGAUACAGGUGUCCCGCCUGGCCAGCCCCCUGCCCCCUCAGGAGGCCAGCAACCACGCCCAGGACUGUGACGACAGCCUGGGCUACCAGUACCCCUUCACCCUGCGCGUGGUGCAGAAGGACGGGAACUCCUGCGCCUGGUGCCCGUGGUACAGGUUCUGCCGCGGCUGCACGGUCCACUGCAACGAGGACCAGGCCGCCGUGUGGAACGCCUACAUCGCCGUGGACUGGGACCCCACCGCCCUGCACCUGCGCUACCAGACCUCCCAGGAGCGGACGGUGGAGGAGCACGCCAGCGUGGAGCAGAGCCGCCGGGCGCAGGCCGAGCCCAUCAGCCUGGACAGCUGCCUGCGGGCCUUCACCAGCGAGGAGGAGCUGGGCGAGGACGAGAAGUACUACUGCUCCAAGUGCAAGACCCACCGCCUGGCCACCAAGAAGCUGGACCUGUGGAGGCUGCCCCCCGUCCUGAUAGUCCACUUGAAGCGGUUCCAGUUCGUCAAUGGGCGCUGGAUCAAGUCUCAGAAGAUAGUGAAGUUCCCCAGGGAGAAGUUCGACCCCAGCGCCUUCCUGGCGCCCAGAGAGGAGGCGGACGGCCAACAGGGGCCGGAGGAGUGCCCGGGGGAGGAGCCUCAGGAGGCGGGGCCAACGCCGAAGGCCAGUGAGGAUGAGGCGGGGAGCUUACCUUCCAUCGCCGCCCCGACUGGUCCUCCCAACAGCACCAAAGCUUCUCCUGCCGCGGGCCGGAAGUCCAGCGCCCCGGUGGGCGGGGACUGCGGCUCCUCCCACUGCCCCAGGAGCGGAGGCCGGAGGGCGGGGCGACUGCGCCUGCCGCAGCUGGGCAGCAGGCACCGCCUCUCCGACAGCAAGGAGAGCCUGGACGGCGGGCGGGAGAGCUCUACGGAGCGCGAGCAGGAGCAGGAGCAGGGCGCGGCCGAGGGGGAGGCCCCCCCGGGGAGGGACGGCAACGCCGCCGCCGCGGCGACGGAAGGGCUCUGCCAGGAGAACGGACAGAGCGACGGGCACGCGGACGACGGCACGGACCUGGAGACCCCCCAGCGCCAUGGAGACGACGUCUGCCUGGACCCCAUAUACAACCUAUAUGCAAUCUCAUGUCACUCUGGAAUUCUGGGAGGAGGCCACUAUGUGACAUAUGCCAAAAACCCCAAUGAGAAGUGGUACUGCUACAAUGACAGCAGCUGCAAGGAACUGCGCUCCGACGAGAUAGACGCGGACUCGGCCUACAUCCUGUUCUACGAGCAGCAGGGCGUGGACUGCUCCCGCUUCCUGCCGCGGACGGACGGGAAGAAGAUGGCGGACACCAGCAGCAUGGACGAGGACUUUGAGUCGGACUACAAGAAGUACUGCGUCCUCCAGUGACGACGCGCUCCUCCGCCAGCGGUCCCUCCCCCACGGUCCAUGCGGAGCCGCAGCCCCGUGGCGGGGGGGGUGGGGGGGGGGGCUUCACUUCUGUACCCGAAGCACAACGCGCGCCCUUCUUAUCUAUCGCUAGUUAUCACAUAAGGAACCUCGUCCCGGAAGGGUAGCUUCUCCCUGCGGCGGUACUUCUGUCCAGCUCUGUCCGUGACCUGUAAUUUCAAACAAAAACGAGAGAGAGAGAGAAAGAGAGAGAGAGAGAGAGAGAGAGAGAGAGAGAGAGAGAGAGA